AUGAAUCGGAUAAGUAAAAGCAUCGUUCGUUUUUACAGUCAUAAACCGGGCUACCAAGGCGCUGCCCAGCAGAGAAUCAACCAUGACGUCCAAGCCCGCCGAAGCCGUCCGCAAGGAAAGAACUCGAAGAAAAAGCGCGGAGCCGUGAUCAAAGGAGCAAUGUUUGAAAGCGCGCCGGAGAGAGUCGAAGGCAGUUCUUACUACUUGAUGCAGCAGUCGCGCGAUCCCUACGCCAAAAUGGCCAAGAUUCAGAAUUACAGAUGUCGAUCGGCGUUUAAACUGGUCGAAAUUCAAAACGAGUUUGGGAUCAUUUCGCCAGGAAUCGAUGUUCUUGAUAUUGGAGCCAGCCCUGGCGGUUGGAGCCAAGUCAUCGUUGAAGAAUUAAAACUUGGUUCAAAUUCUUUUGCUGAUUCAGAAAACGAAACGCUUCAAAAGCAAAAAGUUUUGGAAAAUGAAGAAAGUUUGCUGGACGAGAUCUACUCGAUGUCCUUUCUUAGUUCUUCGAAAGAAAAAGACGAAGAAAAGGAUGUAAAACGCGCUGGCUCCUGUGUGAGCUGCGAUUUGCGCCCGUUUCGCGAGAUCAGCGGGGCGAAACAGAUAAUUGGCGACAUUUUCGAAAAACGAACUCUCCAGCAAAUCCAAAACGAACGAACUCACUUUCAACUCAUUGUCUCCGAUGCGCAUCCUGGAGCGAGUCAAGACCCGAAGCAGACGAUUUAUUCCUCCUCGCAACUUUCGCAGCGAAUAAUCGAAGACGUCCUGCCGCUGCUGCUUAGUCCGGGAGGCGCUUUUGUAACAAAAGCCCUUUCUCAAAAGCUAGUCUUGAAGAUGAAGCAGCACUUCCAGCACGUCCACGAGAAAACGGAUUUUCAAAGAACAAAAAAGAAAGAAAAAUCAGUUUCUAUUUUUAAUUUUUAUCAAAAAUUUUUAAUCAAAUCCGCUAUUAGUUCAAGCCGAAAUCGUCGAGGACAGAAUCAGAAGAGUUUUUCAUCAUUGGAUUGA